AUUUCUUCCUCGUUUGUAAAUAAAAUCCCUCUUGUUUAGAAAUCAUCUUUCUAUCUUAACAAAAUAUAACACGCAAUAAUCGAAUGAGUCGACGUAACUCUACUGCAACGACCCUUGAAGAAGGGUCGGUUCCGAAAGAUAUAAAGGGUUCAAUUGUAGGCGAGGAAGUGCCUUCUCGUUCGUAUUAUUCGUCCCACUUAAACUAUGAUACAACAGAAGGAGAGCCAAGAUAUUCUGCUUCAAAUGAAUCAAUUCGAGCGCACUCACUAGCAUUAGGUGAUAAAUACAUGCAGACAACGAGCCCAACAUCAUCCCCAUCGUCUUCAGUUAAAAACGUGCAACGCACGAAUUUUAAGAAGGCAACGCCUUCCACUUUUGACGAACAAUCUACUACGCACUCUGUUUUAUCUCAUUUGCUACAAAAGGACGACCAUAAAAAGAAGAAAGACAGUAGCAGUGAACGAGAACCUUUAUUGAGGAAAAGGAAAUCAAAAGAUUAUCAAUCAAAUGCUGUUGCCCAUGAGCAGCAGGAUUCUGACGACGCUGAUAGCAAUUCGACGAUAGCGGAAGACGAGAAUGGAGAAGAUGAGGGCACCAUGCCAUAUCAAUCACAGCCCAAUGAAAACCCUGAACAGCAUUACCGUCAAACUCAUCAAUUAAAUAAGUAUAGGUCAAGUCAGAAAAGACGACGCGGUAUCUGGGAACAGCUUAGGAAAAACCCUAAACAAUUUAUGCAUACAUGUUUGACACAACCUAUACAAUAUAUACCAGCUGUCAUUCUGGGCUUACUACUGAAUUUAUUAGAUGCCAUCUCGUACGGUAUGAUUACUUUUCCUUUGAAUAAUCCAAUUUUUGCAUCGUUUGGUCCAGAUGGUAUAUCUAUGUUUUUUGUUAGCUGUAUUAUAUCACAAAUUGUAUAUUCAACCGGAAGUGUAUUUGACGGUGGCAAUGGCAGUAUGAUGAUUGAAGUGGUCCCGUUUCUACAUCUCAUGGCAGAGAAAAUCAUAUCUGUAGCAGGACAGAAUAAUCCUGCUGUGGUUAUUCCAUCUACAAUGGUUGCGUUUGCACUCAGUAGUAUAAUGACCGGAUUGGCCUUUUUUCUAUUAGGUGCCCUCAAAUUAGGCUCUCUUAUUGGUUUCUUUCCUCGACACAUUCUCAUUGGUACCAUUGGUGGUGUAGGCUGGUUCCUUGUUGCCACUGGUAUUGAAGUUUCUGGUCGUUUAGAUGAAAACCUUGUAUACACCAUCCCUAUGUUUAAGAAGCUAUUCCUGAACCCACAUGUCUUUUCCUUAUGGUUUUCCGCUUUGGCUGUCGCACUUCUUUUACGUUUGAUACAGCAUCGAAUUUCCAGCCCGUUAGUAGUGCCCACUUUUUUUAUGGCAUUACCAGUUGCUUUUUAUGUGAUUGUCUUUGCAUUGGGAUUGGAUGUGAGUAAAGUAAGAGAUGAUGGUUGGAUUUUUCCCUUGGUAGAAAGCGACACACCUUUCUGGCAUUUUUAUACACUGUAUGAUUUUCGAUUAGUCGAUUGGCGUGCUGUGGCAGAAACAAUUCCUGCAAUGCUCGCAUUGACCUUUUUUGGUGUUCUUCAUGUGCCAAUUAAUGUGCCUGCAUUAGGCGUAUCAACGAACAAGGAUGAUGUAAACGUCAAUCGUGAGUUAGUUGCUCACGGGAUUUCUAAUGCCGUAUCUGGUUUAUUAGGCUCAGUUCAAAAUUACCUUGUCUAUACCAAUUCUUUGCUAUUCAUUCGAUCUGGCGGUGAUAGUAGAGUUGCUGGCUUCAUGUUAGCAGGCGCUACUGCUAUAUUGUGGAUAAUUGGACCAUGGAUUGUCGGAUAUAUACCCGUUAUGGUUGUAGGCAGUCUGAUUUUUCAUCUCGGUCUCGAUCUCCUCAAAGAAGCUCUCAUCGAUACCUGGAAUGCUGUUCACUAUUUGGAGUACAUCACUAUUUGUGUCAUCAUUGUUUGUAUGGCCACAUUAGGCUUUGUAGAAGGUAUCGUGGUAGGCAUCAUUAUGGCAUGUAUCUUUUUCGUCGUCCAAAAUUCUUGUCAUAGCCAAGUCAUUCGCGGUAUCUAUACGGGUCAAUACAUGCGUUCUACUGUACGUCGGCUCUAUCGUCAAGAACGGUUUUUAGAGCGUGUAGGUGGACAAAUUCAGAUUGUUAAGCUUCAAGGCUAUUUAUUUUUUGGCACCAUUGACCAAGUCGAAAGAGCUAUUCGUGGCAUGCUAGAUGAGCAUGUAUGGGGCCUUCAUCCAAUUCGAUUCCUGAUUUUGGAUUUACAGCUGGUGCAGGGACUGGAUUUUAGUGCAGCAGAAGCGUUUGUUCGUAUUCGACGACUAUUGCGUGGUCGGCAGGUGUAUAUGAUUAUGUGUAAUGUAGAGCCUCGUUCGGAAGAGGAGAAAGCAUUAGUGAAAGCUGGCGUACUGCUUAAUCAUUGUGAGGAACAAGACGAAGGAGAUUUGAAACGUUUUGAGGGUAUGAAUGAUGCGAUAGAAUGGUGUGAAAAUGUGCUUUUGGCAACCUAUUUUGAACAUAAGCCCAAAAAUUUGCAAAUAUUCAACUCAGUGCCACCAUCAAGAGUUCCUAUGACUACAAAGCCCUCUUAUUCCUAUUCUCAACAUUUAGCUCACUCAGGCUCACCGCGCUAUGAUAGUAUUACAAACGCUAUAUGUCAAGUUUUUGAUGAAUCUCAUGCCCCCGUUGUUCAUAAGAAUACUGUCCAGCCUACACUUAUUCUUGUGCAAGCCUUCGGCGAGAUUGAUAAAGGCAAGACACCCAUUGAUUUCUUCCAUAAACUUAGUCAGUACUUUGAACGUGGUACAUGCGAAAAAGGCUACUUAUACCGUGAAGGCGACCCUUGCGACUAUCUUCUAAUUUUGGAGCAGGGUUGUUUGCGUAGCUUAAUGUAUGUGGCGAAUGAAGAAGUUACAGUAGAAAUCAUCCUUCCUGGUGCUGUCGUGGGAGAAAUUGGUAUUUUCAGCGCAGGUAGCUCACGACGCGGUCGUAGUUUGAUGGCAGAUACCCACUCAGUCUAUUGGAAACUGACCCGUGAUGCAUUCGACAGGAUGUGCCAAGAGGAUCCCAAGAUGGCCAACCAAUUUAUACUUUUGGCCAUGUAUUUCACAUCGGAAAGAUUGGACACCAUAACAAAAUAUGCAUUCCAUUUGCAUUAAUUCCCUUUUAAAUGUAAUAGUAUUUCAUACAACUAAUCAAUUUGUAAUAGUAUUCAAUAAAAACAACUCUUUAAGACAAUGGUCUUACC